GGGAUGCUGCCGCUGGAGACCCUCACCACCGGCCCCGCGGUGGUGGACACGGUGUCCGGAGUCACCGCUCUUCUGCUUCUUCUUCUCCUGCUGCUGCUCUUUACAGCCUGGAGCCGAAAAAACCCGUCACACAUACCAGGUCCUUCUUUCCUGGCAGGACUCGGCCCUAUUCUCUCCUACUCCAGGUUCAUGUGGACCGGGAUCGGAACGGCGAGCAACUACUACAACAACAAAUAUGGCAGCAUCGUGCGGGUGUGGAUCAAAGGCGAGGAGACCCUCAUUUUAAGCAGGUCGUCAGCAGUGUAUCACAUUAUGAGGAGCCCCAACUACACUGCAAGGUUUGGGAGCAAAAAAGGGCUGCAGUGCAUCGGGAUGGAAGGGAGGGGCAUCAUUUUCAACAAUGAUGUCCCACUCUGGAAAAAAUUGAGGACGUACUUCUCUAAAGCCCUGACAGGCCCCACCCUCCAGGGCACAGUGGCGAUCUGUGUGAGCUCCACUGCCAAACACCUGGACGGCCUGCAGGACAUGACUGACUCCUCCGGCCAUGUGGACACUCUCAAUCUGCUCCGAGCCAUAGUGGUGGACAUCUCCAACAGGGUUUUCCUCAGGGUGCCGCUCAAUGAGAAGGAGUUGCUGACGAAAAUCCAAAACUACUUUGAGACCUGGCAGACGGUUCUAAUAAAGCCUGAUAUAUUCUUCAAGAUUGGAUGGCUCUACAAUAAGCAUAAGAGAGCAGCGCAAGAGCUGCAGGAUGUGAUGGAAAGCCUCCUGGAAAUUAAAAGACAGAUUAUUCAUGAAAGUGAGAAGUUGGAUGAGGAUCUUGACUUUGCAACAGAGCUCAUCUUUGCACAGAACCAAGGUGAGCUCUCGGCAGACAACGUCAGGCAGUGCGUGUUGGAGAUGGUGAUCGCAGGACCCGACACACUUUCCAUCAGCCUCUUCUUCAUGCUGAUCCUGCUGAAACAAAACCCAGAGGUGGAGCUGAGGAUAGUGGAGGAGAUGAACACUGUCUCCAAUGAAAAAGGGGCUGAAAACAUUCACAGUCAAAGCUUGAACGUGCUGGAGAAUUUCAUCAACGAGUCUUUGAGGUUUCAUCCUGUGGUUGAUUUCACCAUGAGAAAAGCUCUGGAGGAUGACAUCAUCGAAGGCACUAAAAUCAGGAAGGGAACCAACAUCAUUCUCAACAUGGGUCUCAUGCACAAGACGGAAUUCUUCCCCAAACCCAAAGAGUUCAGCCUGUCGAACUUUGAUAAAACUGUGCCCAGUCGGUUUUUUCAGCCCUUCGGCUGCGGGCCUCGCUCCUGCGUGGGCAAACGCAUCUCCAUGGUGAUGAUGAAGGCCAUCCUGAUCACCCUGUUGUCUCGGUACACAGUGUGUCCUCGUCAUGGCUGCACCCUUAGCAACAUCAGGCAGACCAACAACCUGUCACAGCAUCCGGUGGACGACGAGCACAGCCUGGCAAUGCGCUUCAUCCCUCGGACCAGGCAUAUUGACGACAAUAGUGAAGGAGUUAGACCUGCCGAGCUGUGA